GAGAGAGAGAGCACAGAGAUAAAAAUACUCUGUAGCAACCGACACUCACACUCGCACGGUGACAUCUGAUUAACUGCUUGUCGAUCUCAGUUGUAUGUUGAUAACGAGCAACAGACAGUUUGACUCAGAUCUCAGUCCUGUACAGAUGGGAAAGACAGUGAGAGAGAAACUGACUGUUUACAAGACGCCCUGAAAGACCUGCAGCGUUGGACAAUGACUACUGCACCUAAAGAACUGGACGAGCUGUGCUACCUCACGGCUCAGUCCAUGACACCACUGGUGACAUCACAGCACUUCAAGCUCAUCAAAAAGCUGGGAGAGGGCUCGUACGGCAAGGUGAUGCUGGCGGUGCAUCAGAGGAGAGGAACCCCAAUGGCUCUGAAGUUCUUCCCCCGCCGCUCCACCACUCUCCAAGCUUUCCUGCGGGAAUACAAUCUCUCCGUCUCCUAUUGCACACACCCUUCUUUAACACGGGCUCUAGGCAUCUUCUACUCCACUCCUUCUCACUAUGUCUUUGCCCAGGAGGCUGGUCUCUAUGGCGACCUGUAUGAUGUCAUCGUGUCAGAGGAGGGGGUGAGUGAAGAGUCUGCACAGCGUGUGAUGUCUCAGUUGAGUGGUGCUGUGUCUCAUCUCCAUUCUCUUGGCUUUGUGCACCGUGACAUAAAGCCAGAGAACAUCUUCUUGUGUGACCGUGCUUGUCGCUGGGUCAAACUGGGCGACUUUGGCCUGGCGCGAGCACAGGGGACCGAGGUCCGUGCUGUGUGGUACAACUCCCCUUUCUGUGUGCCCGAGGUGGAGGGCGCCAAGACAGUCAGCGAUGCAGAGGAAGCGGAGGACAUCUGGAUGUCCGUUGAGCCCAGUUUGGAUACUUGGGCUUUGGGGAUCCUCAUAUACUGCCUGCUGACGAGCUGCUUCCCCUGGGAGGAGAGCACUUCUGAUGACCCUUCCUACUGCAAGUACAAAGACUGGUUCAACCGAAUCAAACAGAGAGAGGAGACACAAGACACUGUGAGGGAGGAGAAUGAGGCUGAAAUUGAUGUGCCCCCGCAGUUUGACUCUUUAAGCUCAUUCGUCCUCACCUUGCUGAGAAAGCUGCUGAACCCGCUGCCCCGGCUUCGCCCCGGGCCUGAUGAGAUCCUGUCUUACCUCGGGGGACCUUGGUUACUGAAGACAGAGAAAGAGGAGAUGAGGAGAGAGCAGGAGGCACAAGAGGAGGCCAAGAAGAUGCAUGAGAGAGGAGGGGUGGAAGGGGAAAAAGAGAUAUUGGGACGGAGGGAGAGAUAAAGAUUGCGCACGACAGCAAUAUUAUAAACAGAUGCACUUUAUUUUCAAGAUUUUAUAUAGCGUUUAUAUUUUGGAAUAUUAUUUUUUUAUAUCAAAAAAAUUGUUUUAUUAUAAAACUGGAGAACCUUGACACUUGGAC